AUGAAAUCAUCCUGCUUUUUAAUUUCUCUGUUUUUCGCAAGCCUCUUCUAUAAAACACUUGCAGAGGAGGCGAUUUUUCAAAGGGACGACAAUUGUGUUGUGAACUUCCAUACGGUUGUCAAGUAUGAAUUCGUGUAUGCUAGCGGGGAAAAGUCAGAUUCGUCUACCAAAUCUCGUCCGGAUUCCACUUCGAGCAGCAAAAACUUUGCUGAUCCUCACAAUACGCAUAUUUCUCAGGUUUUAAGUUCCUCAUCUGAUAUGUCGCCGACUAUAACUCCUCUUAUCGAAACAUCCACAAAUGGACUUGGUCCGUCUUCGUCUGACCCUGAGACUCUGAAGUCGAGCUCGACCUUUUCAACGCUGUCAGAAUCCAGCAGGGCUACUUUUGAUAUUAGUGCUGAAUCCAACAGUGUGAUAAUAUCGUCAUCAUCAACGGAAACCGCAGCAGUCACAAAUUCUUAUGUCUCUUCAUCUACAGCAAUCGCCACCCCAUCAUCAUCAUCAUCAUCGUCAGUGCUCACGUCUUCAUCAACGUCAUCGACAUCAUCAACAAGUUCGUCUGUAUCCACUUCAUCGCUAUCAUCCUUCGCCCAGACGUAUUUGAAUAGGCACAAUCAUUUCAGAGCCUUGCAUGAAGAUACUCCUAACCUAACAUGGAAUGAGGAUGUAGCUGAAGUUGCACAAAAAUACGCUGACGCUUACACAUGCAAUGGGGAAUUGGUGCAUUCAGGAAACUCUUUGGAUGGCCAAAGUCUCGGUGAAAACUUAGCUUAUGGCUACAAUUUUGCUACCGCUGGUGCCGUUGAUGCCUGGUAUAGCGAGAUUAAUCAGUACAACUACGCAGAUCCAGGAUAUUCAGAAGCUACGGGACAUUUCACGCAGUUGAUCUGGAAAUCAUCUACUGAUGUUGGCUGCGCUUACAAAUACUGCGGUUCUUACUUGGGCUAUUACAUCGUAUGCAACUAUUUGCCAACAGGUAAUCUUGUGUUGAGCGGUGAUCCAAGUUAUUUCUUCAAACAAAAUGUGAUGCCUCUAAAAUCAUGA